AUGGUUCAUUCCCAUCAUUCACACAGUGGAGACUAUGUAUCUCAUGCCGUAGAUUCCUUAGACUCCAUUGUGGAAUUAGCAUCAAAGAAGGGGUUUAAGAUCUUUUGUUUGACUGAACAUAUGCCUCGAUUAGAUGCUAAAUUCUUAUAUCCUGAAGAAUUAGAUAAGAACUAUACAACUCGAGAACUUGACAAUGAUUUUGAAAGAUAUUUGGUCCAUGCCAGUAAGAUAAAGAAGGAGUACAAUAGCAAAGAUGGUCUUAAAAUAUUAAUAGGGUUUGAAGUUGAAGGUAUUGAUGAAGAUCAUAUAGCGUUUGCUCAGAAAAUACUAAAGAAUAAUCCCAUCAUAGAUAUGUGUGUUGGAUCAGUUCACAAUGUACAUCAGAUACCAAUUGAUUUCGAUAGAGAGAAGUGGAUUGAAGCCAGAAAUGUAACAAAGGAAAAAACAACAAGAGCAUUAUAUCGUGACUAUUUUGAAUUGCAAGGUAAAGUUAUUACUAGUUUGAAACCUCCAGUGGUGGGACAUUUUGAUUUAAUACGGUUAUUUGAAGAUCUUGAAGAAGUUGAUUCAACUACGGGCAAGAAAAUAAAAGAUAUCGAUUUAAAAUCAGACUGGCCAGAAGUAUGGGAUAUCGUUAUAAAAAACAUUGAAGAAAUAAAAAGUUAUGGUGGGUUAAUAGAGGUUAACUCAGCUGCUUUACGUAAAGGAUGGAGUACACCAUAUCCUAAGAAAGAUAUUGCAGAUGCUAUAAUAUCCCAUGGUGAUGGUAGAUUCUGUCUUUCAGAUGAUUCUCAUGGAUUGAAACAAGUUGGAUUAAACUUCCAUAAAACCUGGAAUUAUUUAAAGAAUGAUUUAUCAUUAGAAUAUAUUUAUCAUUUAGAUCUUGAUGAACAUGGUAAAACUAUAGUGAUGAAAGAAGCCAUCUCCACGUUAGAUGAAUCUACAUUUUGGAAACAAGAAUAA